UAUAGUUCCAGCGGUCAGACGUGAGUGCGCUGUUCUACUAUUACUGAAUUACUAUCCACAUGUGCAAUAGAAUUUCAUGUUCGGCGAUCUUAUGCAACGUGUUUACGUAUAGGGCAUCGUACAGUUGGGCCAGUGAUAACAGGUACAUACUUUGAAACGACUUGCAGUAUUUUAAUACAAUAAUUACGGCUACUUAACUCGAUAUCUACAGAAUACAAUGGAAAAGGGACUAAGUAUAACAACCGAAUUUACCAGUGGACUUCAAAUUCUAUUUAACAACAUAAAGAAACACAAAGUACUGUUACCAGAAACGGAAGAGCCUUGGACACUGGGAUUGCUUUUGUUCUGGAUUAAAGAUAACUUAUUGGUCGACAAAGAUAAAUGUGAUUUGUUUAUGAAGGGCAAUACUGUGAGACCAGGCAUUAUUGUAGCCAUUAAUGACCAAGAUUGGGAACUCUUGGGCGAUUUAAAAUAUAAAAUUAAGAAUAAUGACAAUAUAACAUUUAUAUCUACAUUACAUGGCGGUUAAUAAUAAAAACAUUGAAGUAUAUUA